AUGCUGGCCAUCCGCUCUCUCUCCAGCCCUGCCAGGCACUGCGUGCGAGCAGCUCCCCGCGCUGCCGCCACCUGGUCGAUUUCGCGAUUCUACUCCCAGGAGCGUGUUGCCAAGUACGACGGAACCAAGGACUCCAAUGGCAACUACCUGGUCAGCUUGAUCGAGGGUGACGGUAUCGGCCCCGAGAUUGCUCAGUCCGUCAAGGACAUCUUUGCCGCCGCCAAGACCCCAAUUGCUUGGGAGCCCAUCGACGUCAACCCCAUCAUCAAGGACGGCAGGACCGCCAUUCCCGACGCUGCGAUUGAGAACAUCAACAAGAACAAGAUUGCCCUCAAGGGUCCCCUGGCUACCCCCGUUGGCAAGGGCCACGUCUCCCUCAACCUGACCCUGCGACGAACCUUCAACCUGUUCGCCAACCUGCGACCUUGCCGAUCCGUCGCCGGCUUCAAGACCCCCUACGAUGGUGUUGACACCGUCCUGAUCCGAGAGAACACCGAGGGCGAGUACUCUGGCAUCGAGCACGUCGUCGUUGACGGAGUUGUCCAGAGCAUCAAGCUCAUCACCAAGGAGGCCAGCGAGCGCGUCCUGCGAUUCGCCUUCCAGCACGCCGAGUCCAUUGGCCGCAAGAAGGUCCGCGUCGUCCACAAGGCCACCAUCAUGAAGAUGUCCGACGGUCUCUUCCUCAAGACCGCCGAGCAGGUUGCCAAGGACUUCCCCAACAUCGAGUUCGACGCCGAGCUGCUCGACAACACCUGCCUGAAGAUGGUCACCGACCCCAACCCCUACAACGACAAGGUCCUGGUCAUGCCCAACCUGUACGGUGACAUUCUGUCCGACAUGUGCGCCGGCCUCAUCGGCGGUCUCGGCCUGACCCCCUCCGGCAACAUCGGCGACGAGUGCUCCAUCUUCGAGGCCGUCCACGGUUCCGCCCCGGACAUUGCCGGCAAGGGCCUCGCCAACCCCACCGCCCUGCUGCUCAGCUCCAUCAUGAUGCUGCGCCACAUGCGCCUCAACGACCACGCCAACAGGAUCGAAAAAGCCAUCUUCGACACCCUGGCCGAGGGCAAGUCCCUGACCGGUGAUCUCGGCGGCAAGGCCAAGACCCACGAGUACGCUGGUGCCAUCAUUGAGAAGCUGUAA